CGUUGAUCUGUGCGAUUUCAUAUGCAAAGAAAAACAUCUAUGGUUUAGAGGUUUAGAAGAAUCAGUAUCAGACUCCAUCUAGCUAUCGAAUCGAGGGGUAUCCCUCACCACCCUCCUUCAACAAGAUGGCGACGUUCGACUAUUACAGUCGGAUGAACGGUCCGGCAACGCGCAAUAUGAUAUGGAAUGAGGUAAUCCACCAAGAGACUAGGGACCAUUUCUACCACAAUUUGAACACAAAACUCGAAGACUUCCAAAGCAUAGAGGGUAGAGAAGUCGGCGUCAAAGACUUCUAUAAAGGGACGUUGGCGUGGAUAAAAAACAAGUACUACUUUUUCUUACUUCAACUUGUUUGCUGGUGUACUUGUUUGCUGGUGUUGCUCUUUCUUAACGUCAUCAACCUUCGUCUUGAUGUAAUUUCAACUCAGUCAUAAAACACAUCGUUUCUACCGACAACAAUGUAUUCUUGCUUGUACUUCAACAAAAAGAACUGGACGUUUUUGCAUCAUGAAUUUACAUACAUCCAACUACAUCACACACAACGCAUGCCAGAUACUACCAAGCAGCGGGGCAACCAACAGAGCUUGUGAAGAUGUCAAGGGUAAAUAGGAUAAAUCCCUACAAGCAACAGAAAGGCAUGCAGGGAUCCAGCGCCAGUGCUGCGGAUCUGUACUACUGCUAAAUCACACUUUAGGUCUGAUUAGCAGAUCAAUCUUUAUGCUCGUAUUUGCCUGUGGUGGAAACGACUAAUUCUAAUUCACUUUUAGAACAUCAAAAAUCCAACAUUGAAAUUGAUUUAGUCAGUCUCCCUCUCCUCCUUUCUUCGUUUCGACAGACAGGCAUCCACAUUUCCAGGUUUUGUUCUCCUUUCUUCAGGCAUGCGGACGGCGGAGCUCCCCAUCUCUACUUGCCGCCAACUGCUAGCGCUAGUGCACGGUCAACAUCGAGUUCAAACCGAGGUAGGACAGCAGGACAACAAGUCCAAAUCCUGACGGCAAGGAGUAGUGCUGUAGGUGCUAGCGCGCGUAGCAGUGCUAGAAGCCGUGCUAGUGGUAGGUCACAAAGUGUGCCUCAUAUAGCCGUGCCUAGGUGAUCGGUGUCCAUGCAAGUAUCUGCUGUAUGUUUCCGAUAGAAGUGGAAACUGUGACUGUCAUAUCUACUCGUUAACGUUACGUCAACACAGAAAAUUAAAACGUGAUGAAUGGAGACAUCUUCCUCUACAAGAAUUACAAAUAUCAAUACAGACCAGCCAAUAGGAAAGAAAUCUGCCAUUACAAUCAAUUUCUAUAGCUUACUCAUACAUACAGCACCACCAUAUUGCACGUGCACAGUGAGAGCAAAUAUGAUACAACUAUCGUGCCAAUGCCAUAAUGGUCCCUGAUAACAUACAACUUCCAAAACCAAAUGUUCAUCUUCAAUCCUAAAUAUUUAUUCCGAUUUUUUGGCUUAAAAAAGUGUUACGCUACGUGGUCCGAGUACCAUACAUCUACUUGGAUAUUAGCAGUGGGGAUCAAAAGAUGAUCGCAGAGCUUCUUGUAUUUCAUUGACAACAUGAAUCAUGAUCUAUCAAGUUAAAAAUGGUAGUUGUUGUCAGCACCUCCACGAU